AGUCAGAGAUGGACCAUAAACUGCUGUAAACCAUCCUAAACUAACCAGCAGGAGUCACACGACCACUAGUUUUUAUGAUAGGUAGGAGAGAAUCAAAGCGGAAGUGAGCAACUAAGCGGAGCAGGAAAACUUUUUUUUGGAGAACUUGGAGACUGCUGUAUCACAUCGGAGCUACGUGAUGCCAAGUAGCCUACAAACUCUUCUAUGCCGAGUUAAGUUCGUAAAGGCAGCUGUUGUCGUAGAGCCACAAUGGGACUCCCCACUUUGGAGUUCAGCGACUCGUUCCUAGACAGUCCGGACUUCAGAGAGCGUCUCAAAUGCCAUGAAAUCGAGCUGGAGCGGACAAAUAAAUUCAUCAAAGAGCUCAUCAAGGAUGGGAAUAUGCUAAUCACUGCGCUCAAGAAUCUUUCUGCUGCCGUCCAGAAGUUCUCCCAGUCCCUGCAGGAGUUCCAGUUCGAGUGCAUUGGUGAUGCGGAGACGGAUGACGAGGUGAACAUCGCCCAGUCAUUCAAAGAGUUCUCCCAGCUGCUGACUACUGUUGAAGAGGAAAGACGACGCUUGAUUCAGAAUGCAGACGAUGUGUUGAUUACUCCCUUGGAAAAAUUCCGGAAGGAGCAAAUUGGCGCUGCGAAGGAGGGGAAAAAGAAAUUUGACAAGGAGACAGAAAAAUACUACUCCACACUUGAGAGACACCUCAACUUAUCAUCCAAAAAGAAGGAAGCAUAUCUACAAGAGGCUGACACGCAGAUUGAUAAGGAGAGACAGCUCUUUUAUGACGCAUCUCUUGAGUAUGUUUUCAAAAUACAAGAAGUGCAAGAAAAGAAGAAAUUUGAGUUUGUUGAGCCGCUCCUGGCCUUUCUGCAGGGCUUGUUUACAUUCUACCAUGAAGGAUAUGAGCUGGCUCACGAGUUUGAGCCGUACAAACAGCAGCUCCAGUUCAACCUACAGAACACACGAAACAACUUUGUGAGUACUAAGCAGGAAGUGGAGAAGCUGAUGAAGAGGAUAAGGUCUGCAGAUCAGGACUAUAAACCUCCAGGCCAGUGGACGAUGGAAGGCUUCCUGUACGUCCAGGAGAAACGUCCCCUGGGAUGCACUUGGACACGUCACUACUGCACUUACGAAAAAGGCAGCAAGACCUUCACCAUGAGCAACACUGAAAACAAGUCGGCCGGGAAACAGAAUGGGCUUGUUCUGAACCAGCCGGAGAUGUACAAGCUCAAGUCCUGCAUUCGAAGAAAAACAGACUCCAUCGACAAGCGAUUCUGCUUUGAUAUUGAAGUGGUGGAGAGAAAUGACAUCUAUCGUGGAACUCUUUUCAGACCGCUUCAGUUUUUCUGUAAAGUCCGGCAUGGCGUUAUGACACUGCAGGCACUGUCAGAGUCCAACAGAAGAUUGUGGCUAGAGGCCAUGGAUGGCAAGGAGCCGAUUUACAACCUGCCGGCCAUAUUAAGCAAAAAGGAAGAAACAUUUCUUAAUGAGGCGGGCUUUAACUUCGUAAGGAAAUGCAUUGACCUGGUGGAGAGCAGAGGCAUUAACACAAUGGGACUGUACAGAAUUGGAGGGGUCAAUUCCAAAGUGCAGAAGCUGAUGACAACAGUCUUUUCAUCCAAGGCACCUGUGGAUAUGGACCUGGAUCCAGAGACAUGGGACAACAAAACCAUCACCAGCGGGCUGAAGAAUUACCUCAGGUGUCUCUCUGAGCCUCUAAUGACCUUCAAGCUCCACAAAGAUUUUAUCAUGGCUGUCAAGUCAGAUGACCAGAACUACAGAGUGUGUGCUGUUCAUGCUUUGGUUCAUAAGCUGCCCGAGAGGAACAAGGAAAUGCUGGAGCUACUAAUAAAACACCUUGUCACGGUUUCCAUGCAAAGCCAGCUCAACCUGAUGACAGUGUCCAACCUGGGUGUCAUCUUUGGGCCCACCCUGAUGCGGUCACAAGAGGAAACUGUGGCCGCCAUGAUGAACAUCAAGUUCCAGAACAUUGUGGUGGAGAUACUUAUCGAGAACUUCAAGAAGAUCUUCCACCAGCCCCCAGACCCCAAUGUGCCCCUGCCCCAACCCCAGAGCCGGCCUGGCUCUCGCAGGAGCAGGGCCAUCUGUCUGACCACGGGGCCCAGGAAGCCCCGCAGCCUCUACACUCCGACACUGUGCCUGGCAGACGCAGAAAGUGACACUUUUAGCAGCAGUCGAAGCAGUACACCCAUGGGCAGCAUGGAGUCUUUGUCCUCCCACUCGUCUGAGCAGAACAGCUCCUCCAAAACAGCUUCCUCUGCUCCGGUCAAGGACAAGUCGCUGCUGGACCUCCGCCGAACGCCAUCCCAGCUCUCGAAUGGCCCCAGGAGUGCUGUGUGUGUCAGCAGCCCAGAGUCCAGCUCCAGGGAGGACGCAGGGCGUACAGAUGGAGAGUCGGAGGACGCUCUCAGCCUGUCCUCAGUCAGCACGGCACCCAGGCUGUCCCCUGCCCCCAAAAAGGCCCCUCACUGCCGCAUCGACCUCAGGCCAGCACUGCUGAACCGCUCAGCUGCCCCCUCUCUGAAAUCACUGCAUAUAUCUGAAGGCCACAGAAGCUGCUCUGGAUCUGUCCAAAGUCUGUCAACACUGGAGCCCAAAGACAGUUUAAAGCCGACCGAGCACCCAGACCUUCCACCAAAACAAGUGACCCGCUGCAGGAUGGACACCUCAGUCAGCAAUGGCUACCAAAGACCUGGCUCAGUGGUCGCUGCCAGAGCAUUGCUUUUUGAGAACGCCUCUUCCCCGCAGUCUGUUCCUGUUGGAAGAGACGCCAAGGCCAUGUAUUCCUGUGAAGCAGAGCACAGCAACGAGCUCAGCUUCCCCCAGGGGGCGCACUUCUCAAACGUCUACCCCUCUGUUGAACCAGGCUGGCUUCAAGCAACAUUCGAGGGGAAAACAGGUUUAAUCCCCGAGAAUUAUGUCGUCAUCCUCUAAAAAGCUGGUAAACAUUGCAUCUUUGUCAUGGUAUCCAUGGAACAAGAAAUAAUAAUACACAAUGUGGCUGGUUGUUGUAAUAUUAUUAAUGCUGGUAACUGAUAUUUCUGCAUUUUAUGCAGUCUUAGCAGAUACCAAGCAGGGCAGUAAUUGUGUUAAUAGUGCUAGAAGUCCAAAGAUGUACCUCCUUUUUGUAAUGACUGUAUUGUAAAAUGUUUGGGGGAAUCUGCAGAGAUUCAUGCCCGGGUCCCGACCUUUGAAUCAACCUACUCCACUGAGUUUGAGUUGGAAAAUUAAAGUUGAGUGUAACAAGAUGACAGUUCUGUCUGAUAUCAGACAACACAGAUUCAGAAGUUAAAGGAAUAAUUCACCCACAAUGAUCAUUUGUACAUCAAUCAGUCAUGCUAUGUUACUUUGAAUUGACCUAUGGCUAAGCCACGCCCCCCUCGACUCACUCGGACAAAAUAUUAACAUUCAGUGACCGGCACUAUGGCAGGUGUCACAGUACACGGCAUUUCGCAGUAGGCAAUUUGUGAUUUUUGGGGACAUAACGAUCAAAUUUUGGUACAUCAAAGUGCCACUGAAGUUAAGGUUUUGUUCUCAGAAUAUGAGAAAAGGAUAACAGCCUUUUUACCAUCUUUACCAAGAGUGUCUCUCCGUUAGUUUGGUGCUACAGUAUUUGCACUGACUCAUUCAGCAUAACGUUUGCCAACCUUUGUUAUCUCUGCGACACAGAUAAAUGAAGCUAAGCUCCAGAAGUUAACGUUAGCUUAACUAGAGCCCUUCAGACAACAGCUAACAAUGAUGUACGAUCACCAAAGUACAAAACUAGAACAAAAUAGGCUAAUGAACUCCCAGCAAACAAGGUGACAUGAUGAACAACGCAGGUAGGAGCUAACGUUAGGCUAACGUUAGGCUAACUUUAGCUAACGUUAGCUAGAGAUGUUAAAGAUAACUUUAUAUUUCUUUCCAGCAAAGUGACAAUAUGUUGCCUCAAACACGAUGUUGAUUUACCUUAGAACAGAUGUAGCCAUCCUUGUUAAUCUUAUUCACGAUGAGUUGAUGUUCAACCAAAGGAGACACUUUUCUCGGUUGAGAUGUGGCUUAGGAAAGGGUAAAAAAUACACCUCGUCGCCCAGCCUCUCAGGAUACCUUGUGUCGGAGUUGCAUGUACCCCAUGCACACCAUUUUUAAACUUCAAAUCUCAGAAAAAGCUCAUAAAACCGAACGAAACUGACUUUCUGUAAUGCAUUUCAAUGAAUGACCAGGCAGAGAAUGUCCGAGUGUGUGUGAAUGGCUAUACGCACUGUAAUUGGCUCAUCGCGUUUGAGGGCGGGGCUUAGCCAGAGGUCAAUUGGAGAAAACCUUGUUUUUCUUGCUUGCCUCCAUGGAAAAUGGUGAACAUAUUAUUUUAUUGGGGAUUGGGCACCAGAGGCCUGUACUACAAAGCAGGAUUUGGAAUUAGUGAGGUAACUUCAGGGUUAACUAUGGGGUUUUCAGAGAUGUCUGGUUCUUUUUUUUGGCCGGUAUAAAUCACUGUGGUAACUUAUGCUGAACAGCUAACCUGCUCCAAAGCAGGUUAACUUCAGAAUAUCGGAUCACAGCCUUUCAACACCCCCAAGUCUCAGGUAAAAAAGAGGGGUUUAUACAUUGUUAUCUAGUCAGUAGAAUCAUUUCAUUGUUCCAGGACUCUAUUUCAGCUGGUUUUAAACAGAGCUUUUAACAAACUGAGAGAUCGAUUACAACACUAAAGAUAUGAUUUAAGCAGGAUUUGAACACAGAAUAACACGAGACACUUGUGUGAUGAGAACUAUAAAAGAAAAGAUUAUAUUUUAUUAGAAAAAUAAUCCACACAUUGUUAAUUGGCUCCCAUUAUUAUAAAUGCCACAUUUGGGUCAGAUAAACCUCAUCAGUCAUUAACUAGGCUACUUUUCCACUCUUUACUUAAGUAGCAGAAACAAUCUUACAUUACUUUUAAGUGUUUUAUGUGACAUAUUAAUCAUCAUCCAACUAACUUUGUAAUUAAAAUCUCAGCCAAAGGUGAAUUUUUAGAUAGUAUUUAUAAGUUUACAUUCCACCCCAUUGACAUUUUACUGUCUUGCAGUCCCAGACACUGUCAGUGCCAUUUCAUCUCAGGUGAUAUGAAGUACCUUACUUCAUUCAUGGUUCUGAUGAUGUCACACAUAAUUAACAGCCCCGCCUCUUUUACAUGAACAAGCUCAUGGCUGGAUAGGAAAACCCAGAGUUGACUGAACUAGUUAAUAACCAGCUUUGUAGUGCCGGUUGUCCAAUGGCUAUGUUUCCAUCCAAAAGUGAUACGAAUCAUUGGGAAAUGUGCAUUAAAAGAAAUACGAAUCCUGUGUGUUUCCAUUAAAUGUACAGACUUUGGUGAAAACUACGAACUCGAGCGAGUUUUCAGCAGAACCGGAAACAAAACAAGUCUCGCAUUCUUCUUCUUCUACGUUUGCUGGUGGUUGGCAACCAGCUUGUAAAUGCAUUACCGCCUUCCCGACCCGGAGUGUGGAUAUCACCAUGGAGAGAGGUGCACUACGUCAGACUUAAUUCGAACAUAACUGUUUCCAUCCCCUGUUUUGCGAAUCAACUUUUUUUCGAAUCAACCAAAACCCGGCUAAAGCGAGCGUAUUUUAGUGUGUGCAAAUCAGGGGAUUUUAAUUUGAAUUUUGGCAUUUCCAUCAUAAUUUUCCAAUGCGAUACUUCUAGAUGCGCAACUAAACAGGCUGUUGGAAACAUGGCUAAUUUUACGGUUAGUCAAGCCAGAUAACCAAAAGAUAUCCUGGGUAAGUUGAACUGGCUUCGUAGUGCAGGCUUCAGCAAAACUAUAUCAAAACAUCUUAUUACAAACUCACACGUACCUUGUGCAGUGCAGCCUAAUCCAAGUGUCAUUUAUCCAGUUGUAUGCUCAGUGCUUGUGCAAGAAAAACCAAGUUUUCUUUACAAAUUCAAGGGACCAUGGCAUGACUGAUUCACAAAUGGUAAUUUUGUUGGUUCGGAGUUCCUUUAAGAAGAAAUGGGUAUUAUGAUAUUAUUGUUCGAUGUAAAUAUAUUACCCAUCAACUGCACUGAUGUUUUUAGUCCCAGUAUUAUCCUACAGAAACACAAAAACAAUCACGUCCAGUUUCACAAGUUUUAUUCUCAGAAAUAUAUCUUUUUUUAAACUUCCCAUUCAAUCAACACUUUCCUUUCAUUAAAGGAAACCUGUAGUUUCAUAAACAUUUUCUGCUAGCUGUAAUAGAACAAACUGUGAUUUAAAAUAACGAUACUAAUCUAUUAGAAUUUAAAAGAAAACGCAUAAUGGUUUUGCACCUUAUCUUUCAUGUUUAUGGCCUGUGAUCAUUGUUCAUCCACUGAACCUGCUCACUGCUGCAGCGCACUUUCUGGUUAGCUACACGGUACUGUACUGUACAUUAAUGCUCGUGAGUUCUUCUGUCGUCGCUAAUCAAAAAUAUUUACUUCAUGUAACUGUGUAUUACUAUAAAUUAUCACACCAAAUAUAUGCAGUAUGUAAAAAUGUGUUUUUAUAAUGUCAUGAAAUGUUCAUGAGGUGGAGCUUUCACCUUUCAUGCCUCUGUUGGAACUGUACUCUCUGGUACACUGGUGUACCGGUAAUAACAACAAGACAUGUAUCAGAUUAUAUUAUGUUAAAGAUACCAUUUAAUAUUUAAUUUUCUAGUACUGUCACAACAUUUCCAAAGUACAAAGUCCAUUAUUAUUUAAAAGGUUAACUUAACUAAUAUUUCAGAAAAAGAUCAAAGAAAGAAAAUAAUCAACAACACUUUAGCUCCUCAGAUAUUACAGACUGAACAGACUUUCUCUUGUGACCGAAAAUGUAUUUUAAAAGGUAUUUGAGAUCUUGUAUACUUGCCAAGAUCAGGGCGUUCUUUUCCAUUUACAUCUCUUAGAAUGCGAGGUGGCCUUGGACACUGAUGCUGGACUAACACUCCCUUACCGUCUGACUUAGCAGAGGAAAUGAUAUUCAUAUCCUAAAUAUGUAACAUUUGGCAUCCUUUUUUUAUAUGGCAAGCUUGUUUCCUUGCAAUCAUCUACUGUGUCUUGAUGGUGCGUAAAUAUGUCUUUAAAUAAACAGCGUGAUUUAUUAGACCUGUGGUCCAACUCUUUUGUCACUGUUGAUGAGUAUAACUUAAGAUCACUGCAGCCAUAAACUUGAUUGGACACGCAAAACAGACUGAAUAUUGAGAAUGUAUUGUCAGUGCAUUAAGUGUUGGAGGGAAAAAUACAGUUGUCUUUGUGUCCCUAC